UGCACCUGGUUGAAAACAAAAUCCCACGUGACUGGCUCUUCUCUCAGGCCAUCAUGGCGUCUCCCAGUGGGAAGGGAUCCCGGGCGCCGGAGGCUCCUGGCUGUGGGCCCCAGCCACUCGCCCGGGACUUGGUGGACUCCGUGGACGACGCGGAGGGGCUGUACGUGGCGGUGGAGCGGUGUCCGCUGUGCAACACUACCCGCCGGCGGCUGACCUGCGCCAAGUGCGUCCAGAGCGGCGAUUUCGUCUACUUCGACGGCCGCGACCGUGAAAGGUUUAUAGACAAGAAGGAAAGGUUAAGCCAACUUAAGAGCAAGCAAGAAGAAUUUCAAAAAGAAGUGUUAAAAGUUGUGGAAGGAAAAUGGAUAACAGAUCAGUUGAGAUGGAAAAUAAUGUCCUACAAGAUGAGGAUUGAACAACUGAAACAAACUAUAUGUAAAGGAAAUGAAGAAAUGAAGAAAAAUUCUGAAGGCCUCCUCAAAACCAAGGAAAAGAAUCAGAAACUUUAUACUCGAGCACAACGGCAUCAGGAGAAAAAGGAGAAGAUUCAGAGGCACAAUCGCAAACUUGGUGACCUGGUAGAAAAAAAAACCACUGACUUACGAGGUCAUUAUGAGCGUCUGGCAAAUCUUCGGCGAUCUCACAUAUUGGAGCUCACCUCUGUCAUUUUUCCAAUCGAGGAAGUAAAGACUAGUGUGAGAGAUCCUGCAGAUGUGUCUUCAGAGAGUGACAGUGCUAUGACCUCCAGCACUGUGAGCAAGCUCGCCGAAGCCCGGAGGACGACUUACCUCUCGGGCAGAUGGGUCUGUGAUGACCACAAUGGCGACACCAGCAUUAGCAUCACGGGGCCUUGGAUUAGCCUUCCCAACAACGGAGACUACUCUGCCUACUACAAUUGGGUGGAAGAAAAGAAAACCACGCAGGGCCCUGACAUGGAGCAUAAUAACCCUGCUUACACAAUCAGUGCUGCACUAUGCUACGCCACUCAGCUGGUCAACAUUUUAUCUCAUAUACUCGACGUGAACCUUCCCAAAAAGUUGUGCAACAGUGAAUUUUGUGGAGAAAACCUCAGCAGACAGAAAUUUACUCGAGCAGUAAAGAAACUAAAUGCAAAUAUUCUUUACCUAUGCUUUUCUCAGCACGUAAAUUUAGAUCAAUUACAACCACUGCAUACUCUCAGGAAUCUAAUGUACUUGGUCAGUCCGAACUCUGAACACCUAGGCAGGUCGGGACCCUUUGAAGUGCGAGCCGACCUGGAGGAGUCCAUGGAGUUUGUGGAUCCCGGAGUUGCUGGAGAAUCGGACGAGAGUGGAGACGAGCGCGUAAGUGACGAGGAAACCGACCUGGGCACGGACUGGGAGAACCUGCCCAGCCCACGGUUUUGCGACAUCCCCUCCCAGCCCGUGGAAGUCUCCCAGAGCCGGAGUUCCCAGGCGUCCCCGCCCAUCGCCAGCAGCAGUGCCGGCGGCAUGAUCUCCUCAGCCGCAGCCUCCGUCACCUCCUGGUUUAAAGCUUACACUGGACACCGCUAACGAGCAGACGGAGACACGCCAGAUCCGCGUCGAGAAAGCACUACGCUCUAGGUUAUGUGUUUAGUUAAAAUAGUGCCUGGAACAAAAGAGGUUAAGCCGUGGGGUUUUUUUGAAGCUGGGAGACUAGCAUUUCUCCUCAUCAGCUGGCAGGGAGUGGCCAUGUACAAGUUUAUGGUAAUUAACACAACAGAGGGUCACGGUCCUUCUCCCAGACCAGCUGCUGGAGCAAAGACCCUGUACCCGCGGCCAGCUCUGUUGAGGCAGAAACGUGUGGCGCUCCCACCAAUCCCGCCGCAGGCCCCACAGACAGGUGCUGUUGCUGUGAGGCAGAAAUGGUUCGUGAACAGUUUCAGAGGCUGAAUCACAAGGAAGUGAUUCUUGAUGAUCAGGACUUGAAAGGUAAAAACUGUUUAAUGUACGUUUGUUUUUAUGCCAUUUUUUGCAGGCAAUUUGACACACUUCAUUUCUUUAUAAUUUGGUCACAUUAGGUUUUAAAGUCAAGGAUUUUUGUUUUGUUUGGAAGGGGUGAGGUUUUCUUGGUGAGGGAGAGGUAGUUUAAAAAUGAUUUCACUUGUGCUGCUCUGCUGUAGCCCGUCGGACAUUCCUGUUUUGUUUUGUUUUUUUCCUCCCCAUGAACCAAAGAAACUAAAGUGUUUUUUUAGGACUUGUCCAUAAAGAGAAGAAAUCCUGGCUGCAAUAAUGUCCUAGAGAUUUUACACCUAUUUUCUUGUAUUUUGAGGGGAAUUAAGUUCACUCUUAUCUAGAUUAUUGAAUCCCUACCAUCGAUGCUAUUAUGUAUGUAUGUUUUGAAAUUGAACUUAUUUUCUGUGAGUGAAAAAUAAGUCAUUAAGGUUGUUCCCUUAUGGAAGCUACAUGUCUGCCUGGGCACAGGCUAAAAGCCACUAAAGUGGCCUCUGGUCAUUCUUCUGGUGUCUAGUUUCUUUCUAAGGGAUGUAGUAGGUGGUACGUUUUUCCCGGGAAAAUUAGCCUGCUUGUUUCCUGGAGUUCUUUGUUGCUCUAAGGACACUACCUUUGCUCUGAAAUGCAGAGCAAGUCAUUAUAGCUUGUAGCAGUCUUCUCUAUCCUGAGAAAGGUCUUUUCCCUUCCCAAAAGAUCAUUUUCAGCUAAUGUGUCUUGUCAUUCUCUUAGUGACAAUCUUAUAAGAAAACUGUAGAGAGGCAUUAUGUACAAAUAUGUAAGUAGUUUUUUAUUUUUAAUAACUGCAAAAAAAUCCUAUGAAACAACUACAAAAAGAAAUCCUAUGAAAUAUUCCUAACAGGCAUUAUUACCAUACCUUGUUAGUGUAAUUAGCAUGAUAGUACCUCAUAAAUCACUGGGAAGUUUGCCCUACCCUAGCUUCUUUUCUUGUUGCAAUUAUUAUAGUUGAUAUUUUGCCCCAAAUCCGAGGUGCUAUAUAUAUAGCCCUUGCUAUUGGUAUAUUUAGUGUGUGGUAGAGUUUUGGGUAGAAUUGCAGAAGGGUCUUUAUUGCUAUCCAAGAGUCCCACGUUCCCUGACUUUAUGAAUUUUCCACUUAGGAAACAGGCUUUUCCGCUUGUGGGUUCUUAAACAGCUGCUAUCUGUUUUAAGUGCUGGGCUUCAUGGUUGCUGGGUUGUAUUGUCUCAUGCAGGUCUCUAGUGUAGGUCAUAGAGAGUGCCUGUGGCAGACAUGAACAAAUACAAAUGAACUUAAAAUCCUGAGAUAGGGGUUGUCUAGGUAUUCAGACCCUUAGAAGAGCUUAAUCUUAAGAGUUGGAACACUGGGAUUUGGGGCUUAGGGGUAGAGAAUGACUUCAGCUGAAAGAUGCACAACAGUCAUGGUUUUCUUUCUCAAGUAAGCCUCUUACAAAACCAUGAGAUGACAAACGAGUAAUUCAACAUAACUUUCCAGGAUAUGGGAAAUGUAGGGAUUGAUAGGGUGCAUUUUGUUGUUGUUAAAAUCAACUAGAGGCACUUUACUUAGGGUUAAAUGAUCAAACCUUGAAUGGUUUUGAACACCAACAUACUGGCUUACACUGCUGAGAUAUUUUGGUUUUCAUUAUUUUGCACUGGAUCCACCCUGUAAAUAUUCCUAAAUAUACAUUUCAACCACUGUUUUUUCUACUCUCUUUGCUGCUCAUUAAAAUCUUUCAGGUAGGUGCCAGAACCAUAUGUAAACAGCUUUUAUAUGUAAAUUGAAGCUGGUAUUUUUUUUUUAAACAAAAAAGCCAUAGAACUUGGUCAUGUGUUCCAUAAUAAAAUAAUUUGUUGAAACAAGGUAAUACUAAAAAGAAAAUUCACAGGCACCAAAUAGGCUGCUUAUAAUGGUCUGUUAAAGACUUCUUUCAUAAUGGAGAACGACUAAGAAAAGUUUUGCACAUCUGUAAGUUAAGGCGGAAAACAAUGUCAUCAUUGGAUAGUGGACAGGAUUCAUUCCCCACUUGGUAACUUGGGGAAGAGCGCUUGCUGGCAUGCUGUUAAAAGAACUCUAGUGUCUGAGAAUCUCCUCAUGGUGUCAUGUUGCAGGGGUUCCCCACUGCUCUGCAACUUCCAAACCAGUUUGAGUCAUACGAAUUUUUCUAAACUUUUAUUGUAUUACUACAAUAAAUCUUUUAACAGUACUUUGCAAA